GCAUUGAAAUGUGGAGCUGAGGAAACAACAAACACCGGAGAGAAGAGAUCUUUGUGACAUUUGAGCUGAGCGCUGUUCCACAACAAGAAAAGAUGAGGAAGCUUUUAUUUCUGCUCAUUUUUGUUCUGUUCACAAGUGGCACACUUCAAAAAAGGGGGAAACCGAGGAUGAAAAGGCAUAACAGGACUGACUCUGCCGUCCCUAAUCCCAGAACAUUCAGUGGGGACCCUUUAAACCAAUAUAAGACUCAGGCUCCUGAAACAUCUCAUUCUCAUCCAGCACUGACGUUACGAAGCAACAGCACAGCAGGGUACCUCGACAGCCCUCUCAGCACCCGGGUCAUCCCCAUUAUUUAUAUCCUGGUGCUUGUUGUCGGGAUCCCGGCCAACGCUGCCAUCUUGUGUACAUUGUACUCUAAAAUUAGGAAGGUGUCCUGUGCCAUCUUGUACUGCAGCCUGGCUGUCUCCGACCUCUUCCUCCUCCUCUCCCUCAUCUUCAAGGCUCACUACCAUUUCUAUGGAAACCACUGGGUUCUCGGAGAAGCUGCCUGUCGGGUGGUCACGGCCUGUUUCUAUGGCAACCUCUACUGCUCGGCCCAGACGCUGGCCUGCAUCAGCAUCAAGCGCUACCUGGCUGUAGUGCACCCGUUCAAGUACAAAUCCCUGCCCAAGAGGACGUGCACUGCCUGGGUCACGUUGGCCGUGUGGAUGGUGUUUGGAGCCGCCGUUGUCCCUGAACUCCUCAUCCAGCAGAGCUACUGGCUCCCUGAGCUGGGACGCACCACCUGCCAUGACGUAUUGCCUCUGGAUUAUGACUCCCAUAUGUUCCUGCUCUACUACAACCUGAUCCUGGCCGUCUUCGGCCUCCUCCUGCCGCUGGUGACCACUGUUCUGUGCUUCACACGAAUCGUCUGUGAGCUCAAAAAGUCACAGAACGACUGGUCUUUAUACAUCAAGGCCAGCUCACUCGUGUUUGUCAUCUUCCUGCUGUGUUUUACCCCUGCUGUGGUCUUGCACUUCCUCCAUUACGUGCAGCUGUUUGUGGACAGAAAUGAAACUCUGUAUGUGUAUUUUAAUGUGGCGGUGUGUUUGUGCUGCCUCCAUGCCUGUCUGGACCCUUUCCUCUUUCUCUUGAUGUCCAAAUCUUCAGGCUCGAGCAGAUACUUCAGGGCCUUUAAAGGCAAGACCCUGAGCAUAUCUGUUUAAAGAGACACAUCAUGCCAAAAUCUGGUUUUCAUUUAUUUUGUAGUUGAUGUGGGGGAAAAUGUUCUCUGGGGCUGGAAUCCCAAAAGAUAGUUAAAGGACCGCCACUGUAUCGCUUAACAAUAGUUGGACUUGUUUCGUGUUGCGUCAUUUAGAUAACUUCUUCUUGUACAUAGGUCUAUCGUUAAGUGUUUGACUGUCUGUCACAGAGGGAAUGAGCAGACUAAUGCUAAAUAUGCUUUGAAAGACCAAAACAUAUAUAUAUGUAUAUAUAUAUCUUUUGACGGGUAUAAUUUUGUGGGCCUAUUGCUUUCCCUUUGUAGAAUUCUGAGGAAUAUAACUACAAAAAAACUUUUUAUUUCUUGGCAGAAGGCCUCCUGUGCGGAGUAUUUACAAUAAACUAUGACUGACCAUAAACGAUGUGAAACAGACUGACAUUAAAAAAAAGUCUCCCAAACGUUUGUUUAUCCCUGUAAUCAUAAACAGUGCUCUCCGUUUGUUAAAAUGUAAACUAUUUUAAGAAUAGUUUACUGAAGAGCAGUUUCAGAUAUAAUCUAAGCAAUUCCGGGUCUAGAACUUUGUUCAUCUUCUAUUCCUGUCAACUCAUGUAGAGAAUUAACCACAAUCACGCUAACUGCGUUGGCAUUUCCUGACGAGCAAGUGACACACAUGCAAGUUCAGGGUGACACGCAUGCCCAGACUUCCCAUUCGCUUUGCAUUACAUCAUUUACUAUAUUGGUAUCAAAGCCUAAACUGUGUAAAGAAAACACCAUCACACCACCAGCAGCAGCAGCCUGGAAUGUUGACACAUACAGGUUGGCUCCAUGGAUUCAUGCAGUUCCAAUCCACAUUCACCAGGCUGAAUGUUUCAAUCUGCAUGGUUUAAGACUGUGAACAGGACAGAAGUUCCUUAUUCUGGUAGUGGAAUCUGGGAGAGUCAGGGUUGGGUUUGGUCUGAAUCCAAGUGCACAUGUGGGCCAAGUGCAAGUUCUAACAGUUUGGGGAGGUUGUCAUGGAAGCUUGAAAUUUCUAACUCCACAACAGCAGAGGCCUUUUCUAGACUUUGAGUAACUCAUGCCACUAGACUCGAGCCGGUCCAGUUCAGUUUUACUUAUAAAAUAACAGCAACUCACCA